AGGAUCAAGGACCCGUGCACAGUCCGCGAGAAGGUUCAGGCGCUUCGCAUCGAGCUCAUAUAUGCCCUCAGCCGGCGGGGCGGCAAGACGGCCAUCCAGGACCUGGGGCAGGAGCCGCGGGUGCAGAAGGCUAAGCAGGGCGCGCAGGUCGGCCAGAAGAAGCUGGUCGACUGGCUCAAGCUGUACCCCGACAACUUCGCCCUCACCUGCAACGAUGGUGCGCAGAUGAUCGUGGAGCUCGCCUCAGUGGACGCGUCGGACAUGUCGAUGAUCGACCGUCUCCUCGCCAGGAUCGACAGGCACGACCCGCCUCCGCAGAGAUCCACGGCCUCCAGGGGCGCGAGGGACGCGGGCCGCGGCCUGCGGGAC